AUGUCUUCACCUUUACCAGUGAAUGCAAAACAAGGAUAUAGAGAAGGAUCCUAUCUGAACGAUUCUUACCUAUCAAGUUCUUUUGAUAGAGCCAACUCUACUGCUCGUCUUAGUAGUUCUCCUGCACCAGGUGUCUAUGGUACUUCACCUUCUAAAAGUGUUCUUUCACAUCAAAGUUACGGUUCUGCAGAUAUAGAAAAUGUGUUAACUACAAAUAGUGGUGGGCUAUUUCGACCUCUUUCACAAGCUACAUUUAACCCAGAAGAUAACACUGUCAGUGUGGAUCUUCCGGACAAUCAAGUAGCUCGUGUUGUGAAACGUCACUUGGUAGACACUUCACCCUCUGCCUCUCUUAGAAGUCGCAGUAUCUAUGACGAAGAACAAGGCUCCUCUAAUGUCAAAAGUGUUCACCAACUUCCUGGUGGCGCUAUCACACACGACAUAUACAAGUGGGCUGAUGACGUGGAGAAUGAGCAAAUGGCAAGACGCCAACGAUCGCAGUCGUUUUAUGUACCUCGUAGUGAGCCCCUUGACCCUGCAUUGGCUAGACUAAAAGAUCCUGGAGGAUUUCGACGUCAUUUUGUGGUAAACAAAGCUGAACGUCAAGGCAGACAGCCUAGUUGGAUGACUCGUACAUUUGUUGAUUUUCUUGCACUCUAUGGCCAUUUUGGUGGUGAAGAUUUAAGUGAGGACGAGGAAGGAGAAGAUGAUGAUCAGGUGAUUGAAGAAAGCAACCUUAGAAGACGUAGAAGAAGAAGUGAGGAUGAAGAGGAAGGAGAAGAUUCACCCCUGAUUCGAAGAGCACAAGCAAAUGCAGUACAGGGUACUGCUACUCCUGCUAAAGCUGUCUUUUUACUACUGAAAUCAUUUGUUGGUACGGGUGUCAUGUUCUUGCCCAAAGCAUUUUACAAUGGUGGUCUCUUAUUCUCAACUGGUCUAUUAACAGCCAUUGCUUUAAUCUCUUUGUAUACCUUUUUAUUGCUUGUGGAGACAAGAAACAAGAUUCCUGUCUCAUUUGGUGACAUUGGUGGUAUUUUAUUUGGCCCUAAAAUGCGUUUUUCAGUCUUAUUGGCCAUUACAUUCUCGCAGGUGGGUUUUGUUUGUGCAUAUAUGGUAUUUGUUGCUCAAAAUGUGCAAGCUUUGAUUGAAUCUGUAUCUCAAUGCGAGCUCCGAGUGCCGCUGUCAUACCUCAUUCUCGGUCAAAUCGCUAUUUUUGUACCACUGGCCAUGAUUCGAAAGAUUCAAAAGUUGUCAGCAUUUGCUUUAAUAGCAGAUAUUUUCAUCUUAAUUGGCUUAGUUUAUCUCUACUAUUACGACUUCUUUAUUCUCUCCACGACAGGUAUUGCUGAUGUAGAAUGGGUUAUCAAUUACAAGUCAUUCCCUAUGUUUAUUGGUACAGCCGUGUUUACAUAUGAAGGUGUUGGUUUAGUGAUUCCCAUUACUGAGUCAAUGGCAGAACCAGAAAAGUUUCCCAAGGUUUUAUCAGGCACUAUGGUCUUUAUUACUGGUAUCUUUUUGUCUGUCGGUUUUAUUUCUUAUUUGGCUUUUGGUAGCCAAGUCCAGACUGUGAUCUUGUUGAACAUGCCAGGCACUGCUGUAGUUAAUACUGUUCAAGGUCUUUAUGCCUUGGCCAUUUGUCUCUCUAUUCCUCUUCAAUUAUUCCCUGCUAUCCGUAUUGUUGAGAAUGGAUUGUUUACUCGUUCUGGCAAGUACAAUGCUAUGGUCAAGUGGCAAAAGAACAUAUUUAGAUUUGUAGCUGUCUUGGUCUGUGCUGGCGUCGCUAUUGGUGGAUCAAGCGAUUUAGACAAGUUUGUCUCACUUGUAGGCUCACUCUGCUGUGUUCCUCUCUGUUUCUUUUUCCCUCCUUUGUUCCAUUUAAAAGCAAUUGCAAGAACAUGGCGCCAAAAGGCCAUUGAUAUUGCUAUUAUUGUCUUUGGUAUUGCCUCUAUGACUUAUACCACAGGCAUUACUAUUGCUCUAUGGUCUGAAGGAGGUGAAUCAGCACCUAUUUCAAGAUGCCCAGCUUAA